AUGGAGCUUUUCCUCUCCGGCGCCGUGAGUGCCGAGCGAGCCAGCCGCCUCUGCGGCUUUGCUCAAGCUGCAGGCGCUUCUGGCGUCCAGGACCUGGCCCGCGCGCGACAGGGAAAGAAUACUGCCCGAAACUUGCUGCGGCGGACUUUGCGGCAAAACGUGUGGCCUCCGCCAUACGAGUGCCAGGUCCGUGGCCUCGACCAGCGAACUGGCAAAGAGGAAUCCUACAGCCUGGCCGUGAUGCUCCCGCACGAGGUUCUGCACGCAAUCAUGCGGGCCAACAGCGCGGAGAAUAUCCGCAAAGAGCAGGCCAAGAUACCGAGCCUGCAGGAACAGCUGCAGGCUGAGGACGAGGACGUUCUGCUCGUGGCCUUGUGGCUGGACGGGGUUCCAUUUAAUUCCGACCGAAGCCAGACCUUGCAGNNCAAGCACUUCCAGAUGCCGGCAUGCACCUGGGACGACCUCAUGACAAUAACAGCAUGGUCCUUGCAGUGCCUGUACACUGGGCACUUCCCGAAGCUGCGCCACGACGGCACAGAGUUCAAGCAGCAAGACGCCUGGAGAACUCAAAGAGCUCUCCGCCCUCUCGGCUGCCGCGCGCUCUUAGGAGAAGUCCGCGCAGAUUGGGCGGCCUACAAAGAAGUCUUGCGACUGCCAGGCUGGUCCGGCCAUGGUCCGAUUUGUUGGUUCUGUGACGCCACUUUGCAGAACCUCGAGGACGUGGACAGUGAGGCUCAGACUCGCAAUCUCACUCACUUCGAGUUUGUGCAGAGACAGUUGGACGACGGCAUCGCUAUGAGUCCGCUAUUUUCUGCUCCGAAGUUCAGUGUGCGCAAGUGCUGCGUGGACUGGUUACAUGCCAUGGAUUUGGGAGUCUCCGCAGACUUCUUGGGAGGUUUGUUUUCCUUCAUUGUGGACAAGAAAAUGGAGGGAGAUACUGCUAAGGACCGUUGCUGCAAUCUCUUCAAAGACAUCCAAAGCUACUACAAGAGGAGUGGCAGCCAAUCCAAGCUGCCAUGCCUGACGCCGCUCAUGCUACGCAAGCAGAAGGCUAAGUUCCCGAAGCUACGCGCCAAGGCCGGUGAGGCUAGGGACCUCAUUGCUUUCGCCAAGGAGAUCUCAGAAGUCUACUUGGCAGCUGAUGCCUUUGAGGAGGCAAUUAAGCACACCGCGCAUCACCUGAAGAACUGUUAUGACUGUUUAAGCCGGGAUGGAUGGAGCCCGCAAGUGUUCCUGAGAGCUUCUAAGAAGUUUGGCACUCUUCUUGUCGAGCUUGGUAGGUUCCCCAAUCAGAAAUACUUUAAAGUCAAGCCGAAACUGCAUAUGGUGAUGGAAAUCGGCCGCCAGGGAAGGCGGCCGACUGACACAUGGACAUACCGUGACGAAAGUUUCGGGCAUGUGCUGUCCAAGCAUGCCCAGCGCAGGGGCGGGAAAUUUUCCAUCAGGACAACUUCCCGCACCAUGUUGCAAAAAUUUUGCGCAGCCAAUAAGAAGCUGCCCACGCUUGCUUGA